UCUCAGCCGCGCGCAUUUCUCGCGCCGCUCCGUGGCCCCGCGACCGCACCUCCGCGUGGCGCUGGGAAACUCUCGGAAAUUAGCGAUCGCUUCCUCCGAAGCUAGUUGGAGAGCUUGCGAUGCCGUUAGGGUCCGCAGCUUCUCUUCGUUAAGCAUUUCACCCCGCAGCGCCGUCCUCCACCAUGAUUGACGAGUUGCGCGCGUCGCGAGUUGCGUAGUCUACAGCUGCUCGUGCGGGACACUUUGCGCGUUUCGUAAUUCAGGCCUCUAUAAAUAUAGAAAAGGAAGAAAACAGCUGCUAGAAUGCUGCAGCUGCUUCGUUCGUGCAAGUGAAGUAGCUUGCGGCCGUGACGUGUUGCGCGAACGGUGACCGUAGGACCGGAAGAAAGGCGUGAGCCAUCUGUCACAUGGGAUAAAGAACGGCCGCCUGGAGCAGCUGAAGCAGUAUUGUCAAACCGUAUUCCACUUUCCACAGGGCAACGCUUUGGUGGGGCCAAUGGAACCGGCCUACGGUUAGCCUCGCUAUGAAAUGCCUGCGUGCCAUCCUGCUUCACUGCAUGCUAUGCCUCACCGUGGACCUCACAAGAGAAGAGCCUUUGGACUUGGAGUCGAUUCUCCCAGAGAAUCCCGGAGACUACGAUAGUCUUGAACCUCCAAAAGAAAAUGGCAAGCCUACCGUCGUGAGCUUCCACGUCACUGUGCUCAGCCUAGAUUCCAUCGACGAAGGAUCAAUGACUUACGUCGCGGACAUAUUCAUGUCACAAACUUGGCACGACUACCGGCUGCGUCUUCCGCGCAACAUGACGUCCAAGUACCGCCUGCUGCCUGUGAGCUGGCUUCAGCGCAUGUGGCGACCGGACUCUUUCUUCAAGAACGCCAAGCGGGUCACGUUCCAGGAGAUGACCAUUCCGAACCACUACAUUUGGCUCUACUCCGACAGGCGCAUCCUCUACAUGGUCAAGCUAACCCUUCUGCUGUCGUGUGCCAUGAAGUUCGAGACCUAUCCCCACGACACCCAAGUCUGCACGCUCAAGAUUGAGAGCAUCUCGUACACGACGGACGACCUGGUGUUCGCGUGGGAAGAGGACGUGCCUCUCGUGGUGGACGACUCCAUCGAGCUGCCCCAGCACAACCUUGUCUCCACCACCAUGGGAGACUGCACCCAAGUCUACUCCACAGGCAACUUCACCUGCAUCCAGCUCGUGUUCACGCUCAAGCGACGGUUGGGCUACUACAUGUUCCACACGUACAUACCGACAUGCCUGAUCGUCAUCAUGUCUUGGAUCUCCUUCUGGAUUAAGCCCGAGGCCGUGCCCGCCAGGGUGACCCUCUGUGUCACCAGCCUGCUGACUCUUUCGACGCAGCAUGCCCAGUCGCAGAAAUCUCUUCCACCCGUGUCCUACAUAAAGGCCAUCGAUAUCUUUAUGUCUUCGUGCACCGUGUUCGUGUUCGCCUCGCUCAUGGAGUACGCCCUUGUGAACAUACUGAUGGGUGAAGCCCAACCGGACGACGACGGUCGCCGGAGAAGCAUCAGAGCUGUGGUUGUGUCGCCACGAAUAUCUGAAAAUUCCGCCCUGCCGAACGGUACAAAGCUUCCCAAGCCACCAGAGGCCAUCGCCAGCGAGUGCCGUGAAAGGGCAAUGCUUGUGGACAAGAUCAGCCGCGUCAUAUUCCCGACGUCGUUUAUCCUGCUUAAUUGCGUGUAUUGGUCCCUGUACAUCGAUUCCUGAGGGCGGCGUUGAGAAGGCACGAUUCUCAGCCCGAUUAGCGGAUUCUUGACUUCUCGUACUGCUUGAUCAACGAAUCUUACGCACUCGUCAAGUUCAACGCCAAGGCACGUUUUAUCUCAGCCGGUAUCUUCCGAGCACGAAGACGCAAAAAAAAAAAACAAGAACGAGAAAAUGUUGAAUCAACUGUCAACCAGGAACAUUACUAGAACUCUGCAAUUCACGCACGUUUCUCAUCGAUCUCAUAACCACCGCUAUGCUACCCUGGAUUUGUGUUGUGAGCCGGCUGCCUGAAAAGGACAGAGAGCAUCUGCAAAGUGCCCAAAGAUUCAGGGAACUCAAUUUUUCUUCUUACAUAACUUUCAUGAGAGGUGUCUAUUUACAGUGGUCUAUAUGCUGUUGAUGAAGCAUCGGACGCACGGUGGGACGCCUGAGUGGACGCCAGCACAGUGAUUCAGUGCAUAGUGACUUCGCUGCAUCUGACCUUCUUUUAAGCAGAGAUGGAACAUGCAGCGUAAAUUUUUGGUCUUCAAUGCAUGCAACAAUAUUAAUACCAUAAGCGCUACUGAAAAUGUUCUUUUUUUGUCUUUUGUGACAACUCGUGCCAUUUGCCGUCUACAUCACUACAAGUCGUAGAGCGGCGAUGAUAAAAAGGCGCCAUUACAAUGCUAUUAAAUUGAUGAUUUUAGGAUCGCAAA